AUGCCUCCCAUGCGAUCUUCGAAGCGCAAGCCGCCUCCAGAAGGCUUCAACGACAUCGAGGACCAGCUCCUCAUCUUCCAAAACAAGAUGAAGGACGCGCAGAACAAGCCGCCGCCGACGGGACCGAAGCACCAAGCGCAGUGGGAGAUUUUUCAGAUCGCGCACGCGAGGAGCCGCUACAUUUACGACCUGUACUACGAAAAGGAGGCCAUCAGCAAGCAGCUGUACGAGUGGCUGCUCAAGAACGGCUACGCGGACGCAAUGCUGAUUGCCAAGUGGAAGAAGCAGGGCUACGAAAAGCUUUGCUGCUUGCGAUGUGUCCAAACCAAGGAGACGAACUUCAACUCGACCUGCAUAUGUAGAGUUCCGAAGGCCCAGCUCAAAGGGGACCAAGAGGUCCAGUGCGUCGCUUGCGGAUGCCAUGGCUGCGCAUCCAGUGACUAG